AGGAGUAUAAUACUGAACUCAAGAACAAAACUCAUCUGCUUAUGUGUGGAUCAUCCACCAAACCAAAUAGUCUUCUGUUCAAACACAGAAAUGGAGAUGUCUGAGAACAUUUAUAACAAUGAUCCUGUUAAAGAAGAGCAAAUGGAAGAAACAGACUUUAACACACCUGGAGUAGGCGAUGAGAUGGUGGAGAGGGUAGUUGAUAUUUAUGAAAGCACAGACUUUUACCGAGGUCAUGAAGCUGAAACCAAGAGCGCAGUGCAUCAGCAGCCAGGCAGGACUUUGCUCAGAGCUGUGAUUGUGUGCCUGGUGCUGCUCUGUGUUCUCCUCCUGGCUGGCGUCAUCGGCACUGGACUCUACUGUGAGAAAUUCACAUCCAAACUGCAGACCCAAAGCAAGGACUCGACUCAAAAGAGGAAACAGGCCUUACUUGAACUCAAUAAUUUCUGUAAGGAUGGAUGCACAUCAUUCAACAACAGUUUUUACUACAUUUCUUCUCAAUACAAGAGCUGGGACGACAGCAGACAGGACUGCAAAGACAGAGGGGCAGAUCUGGUCAUUAUAAACAGCAAAGAAGAGCAGGCAUUCAUCACUUCCUUACAAAAACAUGUCUGGAUUGGUCUGACUGACAGAGAAGAACAGGACACAUGGAGAUGGGUCGAUGGUUCAGUUCUGAACAGCACAGGGUUUUGGAGCCAAGAUCAACCCAGUAAGACAUUUGAAGGAAAGCCUGAGGACUGUGUCGCCAUCUCUAGCUCCACACAGGUGGGAAGCUGGAAUGAUGAAAACUGUUCCACACCACAUUUUUGGAUCUGUGAAAAAGGGGACUUUCUACCAGGGAUGAGCACCGCACCACAAGAGUGACUUCUUCCUCUCCACUGCUGGGAAAGAGCAGGAGAGCACGAGGAGGGAGAAAGCUAUGCAUAAAGGCACUGUACAGGCUUCCCAUGAGUAAUAUUGAUUUUAUCAAAUGUAUAUUUUAUUAAAAACUAUGAUAAACUG